GCGGCUUCUGAUAUCACGCCUCCCUAUAACAGAUUCAGAAAUCCAAAAGACACAAAAAAAAAAAAACAAAGAGCAAUGAGCAGAGAGAGAUGCUUCGCAUGCAUUGCAUUCUUCUCUCUGUUCAUCAAUGGCUCCUCAGCAGCAACAUCUCCAGAUCGCUCGGAUCCGAGUUCUUGCAGAAGGGAAUGUGGAGGGCUUUCGAUCCCUUUCCCAUUCGGAAUCGGAGAGAAAGAUUGUUACCUCAACGACUGGUACAAGGUUGUCUGCAACAACAGUUCCAGCUCCUCCGACAACAGGCUUCCUGCUCCUGUUCCGUUCCUUCCAAGAAUCAACAGCGAAGUCGUGAAGAUCUCGCUUCGUGACGAUCUCUUUAGCUCCUAUGGCCUAGUUCAUAUCAAAAGUCCGGUGAUUUCAUCGGGAUGCUCCAGUACUCAACGACCCGAUCCGCCUUUCAACGUGACGGGUAGCCCCUUUUUCUUGACCGGCACCAAUCGCCUCGUAGCUGUUGGCUGCAACACCAGGGCGUUGAUGACGAAUAUCGGGUCACAGGUGGCAGGAUGCGAGACUACUUGCGACGAAAGAAACGGACAAGAAGCUCGGAACAAGGUCUGCAAUGGUUACACAUGUUGUCAGGCAAAGAUGCCUGUUGAAUCUCCUCAAGUGAUUGGUGCAAGAAUCGAGAGCAUUGAUGGUAACCAAACACGAGGAGGGGGAGGAGGAGGGUGCAGAGUUGCGUUCUUGACGAACGAGACGUAUUCUCCUUCGAACGUGACCGAACCAGAACAGAUACAUUCGAACGGAAACUCAGUGGUGGAGUUAGGAUGGUACUUUGACAACUCCGACCCUCGCUUCCCAGGCCCUGUGGGUUGCAUAAAUUUGACUGAAGUUGGAUUUUACAACUUCACAGUAGGUUGCAUUUGCGAGUACGGCAACUCUUUCGGGUUCAGCUAUAGGAACUGCUACUGCAACAACAAUGGCUUCAGGGGCAACCCUUAUCUUCCAAGCGGAUGCGUCGACAUAGACGAAUGCCAAGAAGACAAAGGGCGGAACACGUGUGGACAACAGACUUGUGUGAAUGAACCCGGAACAUUCAGGUGCGAGGCCAAGAAAUCGAAGCCGGUGGUUCAAGGGAUUGUCUUGGCGCUCGGCCUGCUAUUCUCGAUCAUUGGAAUAUGGGGUUUGUACAAAUUUAUCAAAAGGCAAAGAAGGAUAAUACGUAAGAAGAAGUUCUUCAAGCGUAACGGAGGGUUAUUGUUGCAGCAGCAAUUAACCACGACGGAAGGAAACGCCGUCAAGACCACAACGUUGUUCAGCACAAGAGAGUUGGAGAAAGCAACAGAUAACUUCAACAAAGACAGGGUGCUCGGGCAGGGAGGCCAAGGCACUGUCUACAAGGGAAUGCUCGUGGACGGAAGAAUCGUGGCCGUCAAAAGGUCUACAGCUGUGGACAAAGACAAACUGGAAGAGUUCAUCAACGAGGUUGUCCUUCUCUCGCAGAUUAACCACAGGAACGUCGUGAAGCUCUUGGGGUGUUGCCUUGAGACGGAUGUUCCUGUUCUUGUUUACGAGUUCAUUCCCAACGGAGACCUCUUCAAGCAUCUUCAUGAUCAAUCCGACGAGUACACGCUCACUUGGGAAGAACGCCUUCGUGUUGCAAUAGAGAUCGGAGGAGCUCUUGCGUACUUGCACUCGGACGCAUCAUUCCCGAUAUAUCACAGAGAUAUAAAGUCAACCAACAUACUAUUGGACGAGAAAUACCGAGCCAAGGUUUCCGAUUUCGGAACUUCGAGAUCGGUAACCUUAGAUAAAACUCAUUUGACGACCCUAGUCGCGGGUACAUUUGGAUAUUUUGAUCCAGAGUAUUUUCAGUCGAGCCAAUUCACGGACAAGAGUGAUGUCUACAGUUUCGGGGUUGUCCUGGUGGAGCUGAUAACGGGCGAAAAACCGGUCUCCCAUAUGCGAAACGAGAGCAGGGGAUUGGCAGCUUAUUUCGGGGAGGCCAUGAAAGACAACAGACUCUUUGACAUAGUUGAUGCUCGGAUCAAGGAGGAAUCCAAGCUUGAGCAAGUGAUGGCGGCAGCAAAGCUUGCAAGAAGGUGUCUUAACCUAAAAGGGAAGAAGCGACCAAACAUGAGAGAAGUGUCUCACGAGCUCGAAAGGAUCCGUUCAUCUCCUGAAGAUUCAGAGGUUCAUAUUCAAGAAGACAUUAAAGAAGAAGAAGAAGAAGAUGAAUCCACGGAGAUCAAUGAAUGCGAUUCUUGGAGCGUUACCGUUUCUGCUCCAGCCGUCUCCUUCACAACUCUAUCUCCCACGAUACAGGAUGCUGCUGACCCGCUGGUUUCUCCUCAGACAUGGUGACAAUAGACCGAAACACUGACAUAUACGCAGCAUGUCCUGAAUGUUCUUCAAUUUCUCUCAUAUAUGCACCAAAUGUCUCUUGAAUGGGCAACUCUCUUUUUAUCAAACCAAGCUUUGGUGGUAAGAGACAAAACAUGUUUUUACCUUGGUUCAAAUCUAAACGAAGAGUGAUUAGAUAAAUAAGAAAUUUAUCUCUA